GGUCCUCGUUUGUUAUCUUCAUCUACAUCGACGACGACCACUUGCCGCCCCGCCUGAGAAGCACACAGAAUGCUUCCAAAGAUAUCGCCAACUAUCCGACAUACCCUCCCAGACUAUGUAGCCCUCCUCAUCACCUUCUUCAUUGGCGUAGGUGUCUCCUAUAUCCAUCCCUUCGAGCGACCCUUCCGGCCAGACGACUUGGACAUUUCACAUCCACAUUACAAUGACUGGGUACCGAAUGGCGUUGUCAUUUCUGUAGUUCUCAUCGUUCCGCCAGUAGUCAUGGCGCUCUUUUGGGCUGUGAGAGUCGGGCUGGAUAGGAUGGGAUGGAUUCCAUUGAGCAAUGUUACGAGUCCCGUGCGACCGAACCGAGGGAAUGUAGCAAGCUUUGCAAAGGAUUUACAUUGGUUUAUGUUGGGAUUAUUAUUUUCCUUGGCUACGACGAAGCUCUUUACGGAUUUCUUAAAGAAUUGGGCUGGAAGGCUGCGUCCUGAUUUCCUUGGACGGUGUUUGUGGAAUGCGACGCUAAAUGCGUGCACAGGGGAUACAGAGACCAUCCGUGAAGGACGUCGGUCCUUUCCAUCUGGGCAUACCAGCUCCAUGUUUGCGGGAAUGGGCUUUCUGAGCAUUUGGAUGGCAGGCUGGUUUGGUGUGCUUCGGAAUUGGCGGGAACGCGAGGUGAGCGUCGAGGAGGACGAAUCCGAUGGAAUGGAAUCAGCAGUUGAGGAGGAGUUUGGAAAAGGUUGGAAAGGUGUUUUGAUAUUAGUUCCUCUUUUACCCGCUUUCUAUGUUGGGAUAUCACGAACACAACAAUAUGUCCACCACCCAUCCGACGUGGCAUUUGGCGGCGCAAUGGGAUUCCUUAUUUCUCUGUUGUUCUAUAGACUGUUUUACGAUCGUACUGGACGACCCAAGAGUUUUAGUAUUCGCGUUCCUGCUAGACGGUUGUGGUAGUAAACGUUUGUGCGCACGGUAGUGAUGUAAUUUUCGCCUUGGAAAGGUUUUUGGUAUACAAGAGAUUUGUUUUUGAAUGUCAGGUCUACGUCGUAGUUGCUUUACACUGUUGAGUGAUGUUGCUUGUGCGUUCAUCGCACACCAAUCUCAUGUACUGCAGGACAGCGUCCGCGGCCCGAGGGCUGCGUUUUCCCCGCGAAAGGACAAAUUCCUCGACUUCCCCAUGAGUAAGUACCUCUAGACACAACAACAUGCG